AGUCCAGAGCCACCGUAGAUCCAGAGCAGGGCCGGAGGCUGGCAUGCGACAGCCGGCAGCGCCAGGGCCUUUGUCUCUGCUCGCUGGAUUUUACGUUUGAGGAGGUGACGGUCCUAACUAAUAGGCUUAAGCCAAGAAAAGGCCAGGAGCAUAUGAUUUGGUUAAGGUAGUCAUAAAGGCCUUUUCAAAGGCUUAAUGUCCAACAUGUAAGGCUAGAAAACAGCCAGAUCAGGAAAAGAUUGCGCGGAGUAACCACCAAGGGAGGAAAGCGUGGAAGGCCAGUGAGACCAGGGACGUGACAAGGGGGAGGAGGAGGAUGAAGAGCCCAGGAGUUGGGCUGAUGGCAGGUCAGUCAGUCUUUCUGGUUCUAGAAAGGCUGUAGAAAGGAUCAUAUUCUAACUGUAGUGGAAAGCACUUAAUUGUUAAGUCCAUUUUCCUGCCCCCUCUAUUAUGGUAGUAAAUUGUAAAGAAGAAAAAAAUCCAAGAACUGAGAGCUUUGGUGGACACAAACCUUUUAAUGUUGGAGAAAGGAAGAAGAACCUGAUUAGGAGCCAGAGGCCUUCAGGGGAAAAACAGGAAAGUGGCGCCCCACUAAAAGGAAGACAGAUUUGGAGUGGGGUUGUGGUGUAGUGCUGAACAACGUAUUAAAGACAGAUAAACGGCUUUGUCAACAAACUGACACUGAUCUUGGCCAAAGCAGAUCACAUAUUGUUUUAAUUUGAAAUUUAUUGAAAGAGGUGUGGAAAGGAGAUGAGUAAUGAAAACAAUAGAAUGAGUCAAGGCAAAUGUAUUAGGAAUAGGACAGGAGCCGUGCUGUACAACAUGGUAGCAAUUUUUCUCUCUCAAGCAGUGCUAUAACAGAAUUUGUAUCUGAAUUCCUAGGAAUGAUUUAAUAGUAAAGGAGAGUCAGCUUCUUGAAAAGAGAAAGCAGAUGUGUUUUAAAGCAUAUAUGGAGGGGCUUAGACAACCACAAAUGUCUUUUUUUUUGGCUAGUCUUAAACUCACCAUGUAGCCCAGGCUGGCCUUGAACUUGGAGCAAUCCUUUUGCCUCAGCCUCCCAAAUCCUGAAAUUACAGGCAUGGCUUUACAGAAAGAUUUUAAAGAGGAAAAUGUUUAUUUGUAAUAGCCGCAGGAAGAUUUGAAGGUUGUUGAAAGUAGGAAGAUAAUGACAAGAGCCCUAUCUCAUAAAUUUAUUUUCUCAGUAAAAAGGCAGCAUCAAAUGAGGAUAAGAAGAGAAGGAACAUGAUUAUUGAAGAAAGAAGGUAUGAAAUUGAUUACUUCUGAGCAGAAAGUUCACUUUCUCAAGAAAGUUAAUCAUAAAACUUCCAGUUAAUGUUAAGAGCCCACAUGAGAUUAUAUAUUUAAGAUAACUGAAUUUAGCCAGGCAUCAUGGCUUAUUCUUGGAUUUCCAACACUCUUAGAGUGAGGCAAAAGGAUUGUAACUUCAAGCCCAGCCUGAGCAACUUGGCAACUUAGGCGAACAUCAAACAAGCAACUUGGCAACUCAAUAGGUGAACAUCAAACAAGCAAACAGCAAUAGAAUAAAAUAAUUGAAGAUGUUUGCCUAUUCAGAUGCAGAGAGAGAAGGUAGGUUUGGUUCAUUAACAUGGGUUUUUCUGGCAAGUACAACAGAGAGAGGGCCAAGACAGUUGAGGGUAUUUGCAAGAGAAUUUUGUUUUGUUUUUUGAGAUAAGAUCUCACUGUAUCGCAGGCUGGUCUAGAAUUCUCAAUCCUGUUUGUAAUACCAGCUUCCUUUGUGCUGGUAUUACAGGUGCAGUUCACUCUGCCCAUUAAGAAUGUUUAUGAUGAUAUGUAUGGAAUCAAAAUUACAGGAAAGCAAGACAUGACAUAUGUGGCUGAUGACAGGAAUGGCAGAGAAAAGGACCCAGGUGUGACUGGAGCAUGGUUGCAGUAGGGUAUUGAGCAAGUGCCUGGCAGUAUAGAUGCUAGUGGGCUAAAUGUGAGCUAUUUAAAAUUGAAAUUUCAGAGGUCGUGAGUUACGAUGCCCAGGUUCAGGAUAAGCCCAGGUGCGGUGAGACUGUAAGAAUGGAAGAUGAAGAAUGUAUGCCUGGUUAGACUGAGGGGCUAGGAUGUUAAGUGUAUCCUCCAAGUAGAAGUUAAGUCACAUAUUAUUGCAGGGAAGAGGGACUCUGAGAUUGGGACUAAGUUGUUAAGAGCAGAGUGACUAGGAGGUUAGUAAAUGAUAGCAAACAGGAGAAGACAGCAGUCUAGGCUUGUAUCUGUUCUCUCUCUCUCCUUUAAUGACUAUUCCUUUCCUCUUCCUUCACACUGCAUUGCCUGGCCUCCUUUUCAUCUCUGUGCUCUUCUUCCUAGUCUGUUUUUUUUUCUUCUUCUUCUUCUUCUUCUUCUUCUUCCUCUUCCUUCUCAUCUUUCUCCUCCUUUCCCUCUCCUCCUCCUCCUCCACCUUUCUUCCUCCAUUUCUAUUCCCAUUUGUAAUAUCCUCUUCCCCAUCUACUUCUCUUUUUCUGUCUUCCUUUCCCUUUUAAUUCUGCUUAUCUUUUUGCUGUUUCUUUCAGUUCUUAACCUCCUUCUUUUCCAUAAUACCUCCUUGUUUCCAAGCAUGGAAGGAAGAAUGGGAUAUUGCAGAUUAUCACAGCUGAAGAAGUUUUAUUAAUAAUUUACUAUUAAUAAUCCUUUAGUCCUUUAUUUGUUGAGCCUUAUCAUAGCUAUAGUCUCACUGAGGUAGUGAUGUAGUUAUUGUUAGGUAAACUUUUUUUUUUAAGACAAGGUUUUGCUGUGUCAUUCAGGCUGGCCUUGGACUCAAAGUAGUUCUCCUGCCUCAGCCUCCCAAGUGCUGGAAUUACAGGCAUGUGCCACCACAUUCAACAGUAACCUCAUUUUGCUGAUGAAACCUAAAGCCAAAAGUUGUCCAAGGACAUAAAGCUAGUAAGAAAAGGACCUAGAAUUCAGAUCUAAGUCCAUGUCUCAUAUUUGCCGUAGAGCUAGGUAUCUCCUCAUGUAAACAGCAGAGCACACUGGAUUAAAAAGAAUACCGUGUACAGUAUGAACUCUUCAUGUUACCAAUAAAAACAAAGAGAUUACCUUGCUCAAGAUAUUGCCACACUUUAGUACACAUAUCAAGGCUAAGCGGAGGAGAUAAAUGUUCAGGAAGCUUCUAACCAAGAAUAGGAAGACCUACAUUUAAGUCUGUAUUGAUACUGAUAAUUUACAUUGACUGUAGGAAAUAUCUAUGAAUCUUUGAACUUGUGUUGUUUCUAUUUUUUUCCUGUUUAAUCUUGGAAAUAGGGAGAUAGGUAAAAUAAAGUCUGUAGUAUAAGGGGCCUACUAUGUUUACAUUUUUUAUUAGAAAAGGGAUAGCCAGUUGCUCCUGAGCCUUAUGAAGUUACAUCACCGGUACUUAGCCCAGAGAUUUGCCAACUUUUUAUGUAAAGAAUCAAUAUUUCAGAUUGUGUGAUGCACACUGUUGCUGUGGUAGCUACUUCAACUUUGCCAUUGGAAACCCUGCUGCAGACAGUAUAUUAAAUAAAGAUGGUUAUGUUUCAAUAAAUUUUUAAUCUGACACUACAAUUUUUAAUUUCAUGUAAUUUGCACCUGUCCUAAAAUAGUAUUUUUAAAAAUCCACUUAAAAAUGUGAAAAAAGUAUAACUCAUAUAUAUGAUACAGCUCAGCUGUACAGUGCUUGCCUGGCAAGCACAAAGUUGUAAGUUCAAUUCCUGGCACCAAGAUAACUUUUUAAAAAAUAAUAAAGACAUGAAAGGCUGGGCAUGGUGGUGCACACCUGUAAUCCCUGCACUCUCGAGGCAGAAUCAGAGUCAGGAAGACUGCCUUGAGUUCAGGUACAUCCUGGGCUAUGUAGAAAGUUCAAGGCCAGUCUGAAUGUCAUAGUAAGACCCUAUCUCAACAAAAAUGUGAAAACACUUCAUAGCUGGCAGGCUAUAGUUUGCUGCUCAUUUCUAAACUAGCAAAAUCCAAGAGCAACGCAAGACUUUAAACCCUUCAGCUGCUGGAGAAAAGAGCUAGAACAUAUAUAACUGAGAACAAGGGCAACAGUUGUAUAAGAAAGGGGUGGCAGGAGUGUAAAAAAGGUCACAUGAAAGCAAAUGUGUCUUCCUUUAUGCAUAUUCUUUUAUGUGACUUUUAUAUAUUUCCUCUAGCAAUUGGAGCUGAGAGAUCUUAUGGAUUUGGAAUCUGUAGGAAAGGGUCUAGGAAGCUAUUGGCAUGCAAUUUGGAAAGUCUUAGGCCAGAGGCAAAGACAGUUUUUGUUGCUUCCAUGAUACACAGCCAGGACUAACGUGCUACUUAUGCGUUUAGACCCAAAACUUCUUUGUCUAAGUACAUAACAGCAAAAUACAGUGAUUUUUCUGGUUUCCCCACAUAACUCUGACCAUAAUAAGUUACUACUUCAUGUUUUGUACCUUGCUGAUCUCCUGCUAAGCAACUAAGGAAAAUAUCAGUGUAGAGAGAUCAAAAAUAUGGAAACUCAGAUACUCAUCUUUGCUAAGGGUUUCCCAGGGAGUCAUGUCCAGGAAGGAUGAGAAUGAGCACUGGAAGGCUGAGGAAAAGAAUACUUUAUUUCUAGUUGGCUCUUUGAUCCUGUUAUGGUUAUCUUGUGUUUUGUGACAAACUAUCCCUCUCAAUUUAAUAGGUUCCAACAACAUGAAACAUUUAUUUUGUUGAUGACCUACAGUUUGGGCUGGGCCCCGUGGGGACAGCUCAUUUUUUCCCCAGAUUGCAUCAACUAGGUCCUGGAGGAUCUAUUUCCAAGAUGCUCAUUCACACGACUGGCAAUUUUGUGCUGCUCAGCCAGAACCACGGAUACAUCACAGGCAGUUUGGUUUCUUCUUAAUGUGUGGUGGCUAGGUUCUAAAAAUAAACAAAAGGUGAGGAAUGGAAAUUCUCCAUUUUUAAAACCUGGGCCCACAAGCUGCAGCAGCAAUAUUUCUGUCAUUUUUCAUUCAACCAGGUAUAGAACCCGGACUCAGAGAAGGUACAUAGGCCCUACUUCUUAGAGUAGUAUCUACAGUCAAUUUGGUUUGGUUUGGUUUUUUGAGACAGGGUCAUGUUGGCCUUGAACUCACUAUUUAGCUGAGGCUGCCCUCAAACUCAUGGAGAUCCUCCUGCCUCAGCCUACUAACUGCUGGAACUACAGGCGUGUACCACCACACUUGGAUGCUGCCAUAUUUUAAAGCUAGUACAAGUUCCAGAACCCUUGAGUGGAACCUUAGCAUUAGUAAGCUGGGCUGAGUCACAUGGAGCUUAGAGAACUCUGCUGCUUAGAGAACUCUCAUCUGAUACAAAAAGACUUUGACCUUUCUUCCCUCAACUACCUCCCAGCCAGAUACAGAAGAACACCGAAGAAGGGAAAUAAACCAGAGGUCAAAAUCCCCAAGCAGCUUUCCUUUUCUCCUGUAAUACUGGACUUUCAAUCCAGGGUGUGUUGUGAGUGGUAGGGUACUAAGGGUUUGAAAUUCAGUAAGUCACUCACCAAAUAUCAUGGAAUCUGUAUAUCCUCUUACAAGGCACCAGAUGAAUACCAGGUUUUCUUCAAGAAAAAUGGUACCUUUCCACUUUCCUCCAUCAAAGUGUGCACUUUGGAACCCAGUACCAAUUGGAGAUCUUAUCUACUUACAUCUCAGUUACUUCAGAAAUCCAAAGCUUGUGGUGACUGAAAAGACCAUUCGACUUGCUUACCGUCAUGCUAAGCAAAGUAAAAAGAAUGUGCCAUGCUUCUUGCUUGGUUCUCUCACAGUGGAUGAUGAUGAAGAAGGUGUAACAUUGACAAUAGAUCGGUUUGAUCCUGGUCGAGAAAUACCUGGAUGCUUAGAAAGAACUCCUACUGCUUCUCUUCCUGGGGACUUUUUGAUCCCUUGCAAAGUUCAUACUCAGGGAGUUUGUUCAAGUGAAAUAACAGCUGAUGAUGUAGAUGACUUCAAUGCAGCUUUUAAAGCUUUGCAGCAGCAUGUAUGUAGCAAAGAUUCCUUGGAUUGUGGUAAACUGCUUUCUGUACGAGUGCAUAUCACUUCCAGGGAGAGUUUGGACAGUGUGGAUUUUGACUUGUAUUGGGAAGCAGUAACGCUAGCAAAUAACUUCAAAUGUGCACCUGUGAAGCCCAUUCCCAUUAUUCCAACAGCUCUGGCAAGAAAUCUGAGCAGUAAUCUGAAUAUUUCUCAAGUUCAAGGUACCUAUAAAUAUGGCUAUCUUACCAUGGAUGAGACACGCAAAUUAUUACUUUUGCUGGAAUCUGAUCCCAAGGUUUGUUCUCUACCACUAGUGGGAAUUUGGCUAUCUGGAAUUCUGCAUAUCUAUAGUCCUCAGGUAUGGGCUUGCUGCUUGCGAUAUAUGUUCAGUUCUUCUCUUCAAGAAAGAGUUUUUUCAGAAUCUGGAAAUUUCAUCAUAGUUCUCUAUUCUUUGACACAUAAGGAACCUGAGUUUUAUGAAUGCCUCCCUUGUGACGGCAGGAUAGCUGAUCUUCAUUUUCGCUUACUAACCAGCAAGGAAACAUUGCAUCUUUUCAAUAAUGUUGAACCUUCUGACAAAAAACCAAUCCAUUUUGAACUAAGUUCUGAAAGCCAAGAUGUAGAAACUGAGUUUUUCAGCAAAAUUUCCAAGAGUCUUCCAGUUAAGAGGUUUUCCCAAAAGUUAACUCCUAGGAAAGUACCAAUAAGUGAUCAGGACUCUGGUGUUGAAGAUGAAGAUUCUUCUCCAAGACCGAUUCCUAGUCCUCAUCCAGUGAGUCAGAAGAUUUCUAAGAUCCAACCAUCAGUUCCUGAACUUUCACUUGUAUUCGAUGGCAAUUUCAAAGAAUCAAAUCAUCAGUCUAACACAUUGGCUUUGGUGAAUCCUGAACAUCCUCCUUUGCUGAUCAACCAUUCUGAGCACUUCAAGCCCCUUCAGCCUGAGCUUCCUGACAAGAAACACAGCCCAGAAGCGGAAGCUGGAAAGCCUUCUGUGGAAAUACCAAAUCAGUUAACUCAGAGUACUGCUUCUUUGAAGAACAGUAAAGUAAAACAGCCAUCUAUCUGUAAGAAAGGGAACUCCCAUCUUGGGAACGACAUUGUUAAACCAUCUCCUCUUAAUGUGCUACUUCCUGAUGUUUCUGAGAAUAUUCAAGAAGUCGUUACUGGAAAUGUACAAACAGAAGAGUAUCCUGAAAGACCGUCCACAUUUAAUUCUAGGCAGUGUUCUUUUACUUCACAGUCCCACCCACACAAUUUUGUCUUUUCACCCCAUCAUCCAAGAAGACCAGGGGAACUGCAGAUACCUCCUCCACCACUACCAUCUUAUUGUUCCACAAAUGUUUGUAACUGUUGUCAGCAUUAUGGUCAUAUUCAAUAUAGUCCAAUAAAUUCUUGGGAUGGAAUAAAUACAAUAGGUUCCAUUCAUAAUCUCCAGUCUGAAGCACUUCAAAAGCAUUCAUUAUUCCACCCAAGUGGAUGUCCAGCUCUGUGCCAUAACGCAUUCUAUUCGAGUAGUCCUGCAGCCUUGAGAUCUCAGGGAGGCAUGGACAAUUGUUCUUCCCACAACAGUACAGAACCGUCACCUGUGGCAAGGCCUUCACAUCUGAACUCAUGUAACCCACAGCCUUGUGCGCUAUGCACACACACACCCAAGACUGGGUCAGAUAAUGGAAUGAUGGGAUUGUCUCCAGAUGCAUAUCGAUUUGUCACAGAGCAAGACAGACAGCUGAGACUACUUCAGGCACAGAUUCAGCGUUUAUUGGAAGCCCAGUCUCUGAAGCCUGGUUCCCCAAAGAAAACCACUGUUGAAGAUUCGAUGCAAGCCACAAGACAAAUGGAGCUGUUUUCCAUGGAAGCACAGUCUACCCCUGGCUUGCACAUGAGAAAAAGUGUAAGCAUUGCUGUAAGCACAGGUGCUAGCUUGUUUUGGAAUGCUGCAGGUGAUGAUCAGGAGCCUAAUUCUCAGCUGAAACAAGAUGAAACCAAGAUUUCCAGUGAAGACAUGAAUUUUUCUAUUGACAUUAACAAUGAAGUCACAAGUCCUCCAGGUAGUGCCUCUUCACUAAAAGCAGUUGAUAUUCCCAGUUUUGAAGAUAGCAACGUUGCUGUGGAAGAAGAAUUUAAUCAGCCACUUUCUGAAUCCAACAGCUCUUCGGAUGGGAGAAAAGAACCCAAUACACCUGUGUUCUUUCCAAGCACUGUGCUGGCAGAGAGCGUGAGCAUGUGCUUACAGCCUGGGCCAUCAGAGGGCGCCAGCAGCGACACUGAGCCAUCAGGAGAACCAAAGCUUGAGCACUUAAUACAGUCCUCACCUCCUCAACCACCAGACAGCCAGAAACUUUACCAGGAUUUACUGGGUCAAGUGAACCAGCUAUUAAGUAACUCUUUGAAGGAAACUGAACAACCAUCUACCAAAGCAGUAGUUAUCAGCCAUGAAUGUACCAGAACCCAAAAUGCUUACCAUACAAAGAAAAAAAACUCAAAUCCUGGACUGGUGGAGAAAGAUUGUGUUCUUAAUGCAACACUUAAGCAACUAAGAAGCCUGGGAGUGAAAAUUGAUUCUCCUACCAAAGUGAAGAAAAAUGCCCAUAAAGUAGAUCAUGCCAGUGUGUUGGCAUGCAUCAGCCCAGAAGCUGUGAUCUCUGGAUUAAACUACAUGUCAUUUGCAAAUGUUGGUAUGAGUGGUUUAAGCCCUACUGGUGUGGAUUUGAGCAUGGAGGCAAAUGCUAUAGCUCUGAAAUAUUUAAAUGAAAAUCAGCUGUCACAACUCUCUCUCACUCGAUCAAACCAAAAUAACAGUGACUCAUCUUUUAGCCUUCUGCAUAUUAAUACAGACAGAAGCACAAUGGGGCUUAACUUGAUUUCACCAAGCAACAUGUCAUUUGCAACUAAAAAAUACAUGCAGAGAUACGGACUCAUACAAAGCAGUGACAACAGUGAGGAUGAAGAGGAGGCUCCUAACCAUACAGAUAAAGACAGCAAGUGUGACCAUUUGUUGAAUCAAAACUCUGCACCUGUAUCUGCACAACUUGGUUGUCAGAAAGAGCCUUCUAGGAAUACCUGUGAAAUAAGUAAUGGUUAUAAGCGUGAAUCCGUGAACACACACUCAGAGAUGCCAGCAUUGAGAAAUAUUACAAACAAAGUUGUGCAGUCAAAAGCAACACAGGGGUUGAAUGAAAAUCCAACUUUAUUAAAGAACCUUAAACCAAGUCCUGCAGUGAACCUCCGAACUGGAAAAGCAGAGUUUACUCAACAUCCUGAGAAAGAAAAUGAAAGGGACAAUCCAGUCUUUCCUGAAGGUUUACAGCCUUCUGAAACAUUAAAGCAAAUGAAUAGUAUGGACUCAGUAGGCCCCUUUUUAGAUGUAAAGCGUCUCAGACAGUUGCCCAAAUUAUUUUAAGCCUUAAAUUCCUCCUUUCUGAUAUAGGUCUGGUUGUAUCCUGAAGGUACUUAAAGAACCUGGAGCCUUUUUGGGAGUCAGUCUGCUUGUUUGUAUCAGGUUUAGUUAAGAGUAUCAGGUAGUUACAAAGAGCUACAAUAGUGUCUUGUCUGCAAGCUGGUGGGCUAGUGAGAAAGCCACCUUAUUCAACCAGAUUUUCAGUAUCACUGAACCUUAAGAAAAAAGGAAGAUUAGUUCUUUCAACAAAUUUAGGUAAAGACACUGAUCAAACUAACUACGAACUGCUGUUUUAGUCUACGUAUUUCACAAAGUCCAUGUGUUUAACACGUUGCAUUUCUUCAUCUACCCAGUGUCAGCAAAAGGACCUAGAGCUAUUGUGACUCAAACUGAAUUACAAAACCAGCCUUUCUUGAGUGUAAGAGAAAGUUGUUUUUUAAAAUAACUCAAGAUAUUUUAUACAAUAAAAUAUAGCUCCUUUUAAUUAAGAUGAAAAUUCUUGAAGAUUUUUACAAUUUGUUGGGUUGAUGUUUAUGUAGCUUUAAUAUAUAGCACUAGCUAUAGGAUUAUUAAGUAUCAGUGUUUUGUAGACUGUGAUUUUCAGAUAUCAAUAUUUUUAAUAGGACCUAAAAAUGUAUAGACUGUUUUCCUUUGUCUUCUACUAAUAGUUUAUUCUUUCCUACUUUUUUUCACUUCAAAGAUACAAAAAUAAAAUAGGUAUAUGCUUUCCCCACUGCUUCCCACCACAGUAUCAUCUUACACAAUCAUAGUAAACUACCAAAACCAAGACACUGGCACUGGGUUCAAUACUCAUAACUAAACCACAGACCUGUCAAAUUUCAUUAAGUUGGGGGAUGAGAUGGGGUGCUGUGGAUCAAACCCAGCUUCUUGUGUGUGCUAAACAUAUGUUAUACACUGAGCUAUACCUCCAACCCACAAGUUUAUACACAUUCACUCACUGGCUGUUUAGUGUACAGCUCUAUUAACUAUAACUUAUAGAUUCAUAGAAACUAUUGCUACCCUUUUGAAACACCCUUUCACCAGCCUUUAUUUUGACAACCAAUGAUCUGUUCUGCUUUUCUAAAGGUUUUUCAUUUUGAGAAUGUUAUAUACACAGAGCUAUACAGUAUAUAACUUUUUGAAGCUGGCUUUUCACUGAGCAUAAUGUUCUGAGAUUCCUCCAACUGCUGGCUGUAUCAGUAAUUCUCUUCCCACCACCUUACAAAUCUUCCAAAUUGUUAUUUUUUUAAAUAUAAGUGAAAAAACUUUCAUUCAUUUCAGAGAUAAUAAAUUUUUGGGGUAAAAGUUAAUAUGUGAUUGCCAGGUGUUGAAGUUUCAUGUGUAAAUGAAAAGAAAUAGACCUCUAAAUCUCCAGUGUUGCUGUGGCUUUUAUGAGACAACAACAUGAUGAAACAAUUGAUAGUUAGCAAGCUCAUACAUAGUAAUAUGGGGCCAGGGAUCAAUUAGUGCAUAUUUUCCUACAUUGUUGGUCUUUUAAGUUUUGUAAAAGCAAGUCAUGUAAAUGGCAAUGGUGAUGUCUUCAUCUAUGUUUUAAUUUGCAUUUUUUAUAGCUUUAGUUACUUUAAUAAUAGUGUAAAAAUUACAUGUUUUAUGGGAGUAAAACAAAGAAUGGAAUUGUUGAUACUGCUUUCAAGUGUGCUGUUUUUAACCAGCCUCCCAUGUACAUCAUUGAAAAAACAGAGAAUGUUAGUAGAUUGAUUGCUUCAUUGAUUGUGUUCAUUGCUAGGAACCCUGUAAGUUUUAUACUAAUCAAGAAGCUGUACCUAAGCAAUAAGAACUAAACCUGAGACAUUUUAGGCACGGUUUUAUCUAAUCACUUGUUAGGAGCUGGGCAAUUAGCUCAGUUGGGUUAAGCGCCUGCCUGGCAAGUGCAAGGUCAUGAGUUUGAUCCCUGGUACCAAAAAAAGGAAAGCAAAAACAAGACUUUGUCCACUUGUUACCACAUCUAAGGCCUCUGAUGAGUCAUUAAAGCAGUUUUGGAGACUGGAUUUAGAUUGCAGGUUAACAAAACAUGUCUGUUAAGAGAAAGGGGAACAUCAAUAUAAAACCUACUUAGAAAGUUCUCUAAGAAUAGUGUUUUACUGUGAGAAGUUAGUUGCUCUGCUAGCUUUUAGGCAUCUUUGGGGAAAAGCAUGAGUACUGGGAAAAUUGGAUUAAAGAAAUCUUUGCCUCUCAA